CGCCCCCCGGGGCGGGAUGCGGGCCCGGGGCUUGUGACGCGCUCUCCCCUCAGCGCCGCUCGGCGAGGGGCGGCAGCUCCGCCCCCCCUGAUGACGUCACCGUCCGCCGCCGAGUGCGCAGCAGGUGCUGCCGGCGGCGGGAGACGGGCGGUGUCUGAGGACAGAUUCUGCAUCCCACAUGAACUACGAAAAUCCUCCACCUUACCCCGGCCCAGGCCCAACCGCCCCUUACCCGCCCUAUGCCCAGCAGCCGGGUGGUGCUCCCGGCCCAUACCCCGGCUAUCCGCCCGGACCCGCCGGGCCGUACCCGCCACCGCCAGGCCAGCCGGGUUAUCAAGGUUAUCCCCAGUAUGGAUGGCAAAAUGCACCUCCGCCUCCAGGACCAGUGUAUGCAGAUGGGCCGAAAAACACAGUGUAUGUCGUGGAGGAGCGGCGGAGGGACGACACGGGCGAGAGCGCCUGCCUGACGGCGUGCUGGACUGCGCUCUGCUGCUGCUGCCUGUGGGACAUGCUGACCUGACUCUGCUGCAGCCGCCCCCGGCCCUCUCGCAGGGUGCUCCGCAGGCUCCCCACUCCUGUCCUGACUUCUUUCUGUUACUGUAAUCAAUGCUCUGCUUUGCACAGCCAAGAGUUCCCAUCUGUCCGUCCUAGCGCCUUGUUGGGGUGGGGGUGCGCUCCUUUAUUUUAGUAAAGGAAAAAAAAAUCCCUUUUUAACAUUUCUAAGACUUUUGUUGUAACUUUGAAGAAUGUGCUAAUGGUAUAUUUCAGCCAAAGGCAUUCUGAUGAAAUGUAUAUUUAUCAGUUGAAAUUUUCCUAGUCCUAGAAAUGAAGACGUACGCAAUAAUUAAAGCCAACAGUUGAUUUUCUUCACUA